AUGUGCAUCUUGGGUGAGUUGAUUUAUUUCCUGAAGGGCCUAAACAAUUACACGAACUUUUUGAAAUUGACCGAAGUAGCCCCAUGUGUCGGUUUUUGCAUUUUGGGGGUUAUUAAAGUGGCCACGGUGCAACUGCAGAAGCAAAAAGUCGGUGAUAUCAUUUCCAAGUUGGAACAGAUGUACAAUAAUGCCGAUGAGAGUUACGUUGCUAUGAAUGCCCUACUAGGAGCCGAUUUGUUAUUCUCAUUCCUCACAGGACAUCUCUGUAUGCAUUUCGAUUUGUUAGCCCAAAGGGUUGCCCGAAUCGGUUUCCAAGAUGGAGAAUCGAAUAGGGAUGCUUUAAAUCAAAUUAGUAACAAAUCUAGAAAUGUUAUGAUGCACAAGGAGUUGGUCGAUUGUAUACAACGACAUAAAGUAUUAAUCGGAAUUAGUGAAGAGUUAGAGAAAAUCUUCAGCUUCUCGAUUUUCAUGAACUUUUCAGGAAGUUCUGUCCUGAUUUGUCUGGUCGGCUUUCAAACAACUGCAGUAACAGGAGUCGCUUUAUUUAUGUUUUUGAUAUUUUUAAUAUCUAUGGUGGUGCAGAUUUAUCAACUUUGUGAUGCUGGACAUCAACUUAUAGAAAAGAGCGAAUCUUUGUCGAAAUCCAUUUACGAGAGCGAUUGGAAUAAUUGUGACCGCAAAUUCAAGAGAUCUGCACAAAUUUUAAUGGCUCGAGCACAAAAGCCACAAAAGUUGACUGCUUUGAGGUUCUCAGUGGUUUCUUUAACAAGUUUUGGAAAGGUCAUGAGUACUUCUUGGUCUUAUUUCACGCUUUUGCAAACUGUCUAUCAAGGACCAAAGGAUUAA